AUGACAGCCAAGUCGCACGAGGACGUGAUCUGGCAGUUCCUCAACCAGGCCAAAGAGCUCCAGGACUCAGAGGCGAACGUCGUUGUCAGACUGGACCUGGACGUCGAGGAACCGCUCGAGCACGCACUGGCUCGGGUCGUCGGGGCGCCCGUCAAGUACCUCGGGAAGGAGCAGCCAGACAAGGAGCGCAUGGGCCAGUCGCUGGCGGCUGCACAGCAACAGCCACCAGCGUCGAGCAAACAACGCGAAUCCCUCCACCGCUACAACGGCAUCCUUGCAGAAGUCGAUGUGCAGGGCGCCGUCGGGUCCGCGGGCGCGGCGGCGGACCCGACUUCCGACGCGCGUAAGUUCUGGGACAAAGCAGCCAAAGCGAACAGCGCUAUGGCAGCCUCAAGAGCCUAUAGUGAAAGUCUCCCCAAGCGGCCGCACCAGCGGCGCACCAAUGUCAGUGACGUGGGCUGGAUCACAGGCGUCAGGUGGGUGUACGGCUAG